AUGGAACAGGAAGCUGUAUUUGACGUAGGAAAUUUCGAUGAGCGAGAUAUUUCAUUAGAUGAAACACCUCGGGAUCCUCAACAUUAUUUGCAACAGGUUAGCGUGUCACGUGCACAAUGUCCAGCAGUCACGUCAGCAAAGAUUGUUCCCGGAGAAAACUUUUCCCCUUCUACAUUUAAAAGUAUGGCGUUCAAAUGUGAUCCACCCUCCCAGGAGUGCUUAGAUUUGAAAGAAGCCGAUGCAUGGCGCACUUUUUGUUUAGAAAAGCGAAAUAGUUUAAUUCCACUAAAAUUGGAAGACAUUCCAAAAUUUGCACAUCAUCAAGGAAAUCCACCGACGUUACGCCUUGUAUUGAGCUUGAGACAAACACAAAUUAAUUCCGCACUUAUUGAUCUUACAGAGGUGUUCAUAGACCAAGGAUAUUCAAGGCCUUUAUUUGAAUGGAUAUAUGCACUGUUACUGGUACUUGAUGAUCAGCCAUUAAAUCAGGAUGCAUGUGCGUCGAUUAGGGAUUUGGCGAGGAACUCUCGUCUUAUACGAGAUACUCUAAAUAAAGAAGACAGAUCUAGUGGUUCACUGCGAAAUGAAUUAACGUCAAUUAUUGCAAUUGUUGGUGUUUUUUUCAAUCAAAGAGACAUCGUUGACCAAAUUCCUACUAAAUAA